CACACACACUAACAUGCGCACAAUCGUUCAGGUUAAGAUGCAGUAACGCACACGUGUGUUGGUUUAUGAGCAGAGGUGUUUCUUGACAUGUUCGUGUUAACUCUCUUGGUCUAAUGGUGGACUUUGGACCUGGAGGGAACGAGAAGCUGGUUGAGAAGAGAAGAAAAAGACAACUCUUUGACAAGCAUGUGUAGAAUGGGAUAGAAAAAGCAAUGAGCAGACCAAAACUUGCAGUUGAGGAGAUGGACUGAGGCGAGCCAGAGGGACAGAGAGGACAAAACAGUGAAAGGACAUGGGCAGAGAGCGACUCACCUUGGGACUGCUGCUGCGUUUGGGUAUUCUGCUCACUGCUGUGUGUUUGUGCAUUCAUGUUUACCUGGAGACAGGUCGGUGGGGAGCACCUGCUCCUCUGGCUUUGGGACAUCCCAUCCAGCCUAUCCAGAACUUGGGCCAACAGAGCAGAACCAAAAGGGUCCCUGCAGAGGGAGGGGAGCAAGACAGGAGUAUUAAAAGGAGAAUCUCCUACGUUCGAACAAUGAAGAAGGACAGUCCAUCUAAGAAGAGGGAUGUUGACAGAGAGGUCUCCUCACCUCCAUGCUGCCCACCUUUCCGCCUGCACAGAAAGACUCCUCGGUGGCACAUAGACCUGGAGCCCUGGGCCAGUGAGAGCCAUUCUCUGGAGGAAGAAGCUAAAAGGUUCCUCACCUACAUCACAACGCCACAAGUGUUGUGUUCAUCAUUGGCUGGUAAAGAAGCUGCUCAGGAGGGGCCCAAGCGUUCCUGGGCUGUGUGCCUGGACCCUCAGUACAGCCUGACCCACAGGAUACAAAGCAAACACUGCAGGAUCUACUCUUUUGGGUUGGGGGUGGAUGAUCGGUCCCUGGAGCUUUUCCUCGCCCGGUCAGGAUGUGAGGUCCACUGCUUCGAUCCAAGCCUGAAGCAGCCUCACCUGCAGCAGGGUGAGAUGUGGCUCCAUCGGCUCUCUGUAGACUGGAGGGAUCCAAACCCCGCCAUCGUCGCUCAGCGUCAGUACGCCAACACAAAGAAACUGGCCACCAUCCUUAAUGACUUUGGACACAGACAGGUGGAUGUACUAAAGGCGGAUAUGGAGAGCGCAGAGUGGAAGAUUUUGGAGAAUCUGAUUCUGGAAGGAGUUCUGGAUUCAGUGGGUCAGCUGCUGUUGGAGCUUCACCUGCACUGGGCGGGUUUUGAGGUGGGCGGUGACGACCCGUCUGUGGUGAGGUACUGGUUCAGCCUGCUCAAAGAGCUGGAAUACGCCAAUUUCCGCCUCUUCCAUGUCCACAGCGACCCAGCCAAACCACACCUCUUCCUGCAUAAGAAUAUCCUCAAUGCCAGCAGUGCUUACACCUUGAGUUGGGUGAACACACAGUGGAAGCCUUGAGGGAUGUCAGAUUGAUAGAAAUCAAAUAGGUGUAGCCAAAAAAAAAAAAAAAAGAACUUGGCUGGAACGGCAUCUGGAUUGAAAUGCAUAAGUUUGUCAAACAUGGAAUCUUCAGUGGGAGCACAAAUUCUUGCUGGAGCAAGCCUGUUCUCCAACAGACCGUUCUUAUCUGGCCUGACCUUUUUCGUAAAGCUAAAAUCCCAGCUCCUACUUAUCCUCCUGCUCUCCCUCUCCUGGCCUGGAAUGACCUCAGUCGUGUAGGGGGGCAGAGCAUUUCUCUCCAGAGGCUCUCUGUGUUCUACCUCAUAGUGGCUGUGUUGUUGGCUGCGGGUCAGCCUCUGAGUCACACUCACCCAUGUCAUCAUGGUCCUAUCUGGACUUGGCCCACAGGCAGACAGUCCUGCCUGAUAUUAGACAACCUUUCCAGAUUAUGCUCGUCUACAGAGACCUAGAGACUGCUGCUCCCAAAGUAAUACAUGAAUUAAAAGAAAUAGAUACAUGAUGUCAAAGGAGGUAGGCAGAAGUAGAGGUAAAGAGAUGGGAUCUGCUUGAGAGGCGGAGGAAGAUUAACUGUCUGGACGAAUAGACGCUUCCCUGCAGCUGAACCUUGUGUGACUGUCUAGAACACAAAACGCAUCAAUAAUGUGAACAACUACAAUGUAUUGUCUCUAAACUUGUACACGGUGCAUUUGUUGGAUAUUUGAAUGACGAUGUGUGGGCGAGAGUGAGAGAAAAAGACAAAAAGGAAGGAUAAGAAAGAGAACUCCAGUUAUUAUUUUUUGCAUACUGCAGUUUCCUGGGUUGUAAUAGAAAACAACAAUUCCGAUCUACUCAAAGAAGCAUUUUGCUUCUUUCAGUAGACCUGUCAGGUCUUUUUAUCCUUGUUUUCUUCUUGUAUUCAAUCUGCCUUACUCCAUUAAUCUGUGCUGCGCCAGAAAAUCGUCAAGUUUCAUCUCAAAUUGUAGCACUAGGCAAAAAACAUUUAAAAAUGAUCCAACUAACGUAAUUUACCAAAUCGUUUGAUGCAGUUUAAUAAAGAAAGGA